AGCUUAUUCCUUACAUAAAAUCUGCAUACCAUUACAUUGCAGUUGGAGUGAUGACCUGUGUCUCCAAAAAGGAUCCAGACUCCUGAAUGUUGACGUAUUAAAAUUAUCUGCCCAAUUGUACAGAAAUUUUUAAAACCUGUUUCAAAUUUUAGGCUAAACAGGUUCCUGUAUAGUGGGGACCUAACUGGCCAAUUUUAGCCUAACCUGUUCUUAAAAACCAAAUCUGGUAAAUCCAAAUUUUGGAGCUUCUAUGUAGGCUUGGACACACCUCUUCCCUCUUUUCUAGUCAUGCUGCUGGUUGUUGGCGUUUGUUACAAAAUAAAUUCUCACUUUAUUGACACGGUUCAGGGGCACUCAACGACGGUUUCCUCCUAAUUACAUUGAAAACGCUUUUUUGGCUACCCAGAGUACUUUUAGAUCUCUGGAAGUGCAUUCCAAAAGCGACGCAAUGAAAUUGGCAAUUUUGCUACUUCGAACUGAUAUUUUACAGAAAGCAAGGGUUGGGUGCCCCUGACGCCUCGAUAAAGAGCAUUAAAAACGUCAUCUUCAGGUAGAUUUUGUUCCCCCCAGCGGCCAGAUUUUACCCUGGGUACCAGAGGUUUUUUCUCGCGUGCGGCGAGGAACUCCGUCGGCCGCAGGCCGACAUCAUGAUGUCUUCGGCCGAAGGCAGACUUGACCGAAACCGGAAACGCGCAUGAAAAGCAUCUGGCACCCAGGGUGGCCCGAUUUUAUUUGCGCCCUAAACUAGUACUACACAGGCUACAAUGAUUUUCAUUUAAUUGUUUUGUGAUGUUUGUUUUCUUGCAGAGGUGGAAUAAAGACGUACACCUUGAAAAUAUAUCUGGCUUGCUGUUUUUUAAAUUUUAAGCUUUUUAUAGUGUAGUAUUUUGUAUUAUCAUGUAGUAUUCUCUUUUAUAUAUAUUUCGUAGUAUCCUUAUUCAUUCAAAAUGUGACAUGAUUUGUAUCGCAAAUUGAAAUUUAGCAAUGAUCCAGGAGUAGGAAAGACGGGCUAUAUUCGCUGGCUAUUUUCCAACGAACAAUGAAUGAAUGAAUGAAUUAUUUCAUAUACUUCACAUCAAAGUAGAAAUAGUUCUGGAAAGCAUUGUAAGGAAAAAGCUCAGACUCAGAAUUAGUAAAUUUUUCCGCAUCUCCUGAUCCACGGUUCUGGUCUCACUUUCUUAGACGAGGGAGAGCCGGAAUACUAUUUGAAAAAAUGAUGACUCCAUAUUGUAACUAUAAU